GGCGGGGCGAGGCGCGGUGCCUGCGGUCCCGGGCGCUCGGCGAGCUCGGAGUGUCCAACUUGGGAGCGCAGUGCACGGCGGCACCAUGCGGUCCCACAAUUUGGAGCCGAUUUUUGACCGCGUGGGGCACUUUGGCAGAUUUCAGAAAUUCCUUUAUUUUAUAUGUGCCUUCCAGAACAUCUCUUGUGGUAUCCACUACUUGGCAUCUGUGUUCCUGACAGUGUCCCCCUACCAUACUUGCAGGCCUCCAGGCAACGUGAGUCAGGUUCUUUUCGGCAAUGUCUCUAUUUGGAGAUUGGAGGACAUCUGGAUCCUGUUUUUCACAGGCCAUAAAGAUCAGAUUAUAGUGCAGCUGCAGAAUGGUGAGGUCUGGGAACUGACAAGUUGUCACCGAUUCCGGAGGGAUGGCCAUUCUGCUUUGAACUCUGAUUAUAAUGGCCAGAAGAGUAGCUUUCCUUGUUUGGAUGGCUACAUCUAUGACAAGAGCAAGUGGGACAGCACCGUGGUGACUCAGUGGGAUCUGGUCUGCAACCGAGAAUGGUAUGCAAGGAUGGUCCAGCCCGUAUUUAUGGUGGGAGUCCUGCUGGGAGCGAUGAUUUUUGGCCACUUUUCUGACAGGAUAGGAAGGCGGUUUGUCUUGUGGAUCACAAGCACUGGAAUAUUUUUCUUUGGUGUCGCCGUGGCGUUCUCAUCUGAUUUUUACAGUUUCAUGAUCACACGCUUUCUUCUUGCUAUGUCUGGAAGUGGCUAUCUCGUGGUGGUGUUUGUCUAUGUGAUGGAAUUUAUUGGCAUGAAGUCUCGGACGUGGGCAUGCAUCCAGAUGCAUUCCUUUUUUGCCAUUGGAACAAUGGUGGUGGCUUUGACAGCCUACUUUGUCAGGACCUGGUGGAUCUAUCAGAUAAUCCUCUCCACAGUGACUGUCCCCUUUGUCCUGUGCUGUUGGAUACUCCCAGAGACACCUUUUUGGCUUCUCUCACAGGGAAGAUAUGAAGAAGCACAGAGAGUAGUUGAUACAAUGGCCAAGUGGAAUAGGGCGAGCUCCUGUAAACUGUCAGAACUUUUGUCACUGGAUCUAAAUGGUCCUGUUGGUAAUGAACCCUCUGAAGUUAAGAAGCACAGCCUGAUAGAUCUGUUUUCUGACUGGAAUGUUGGAACAAGGACGCUUAUUGUUUGGCUGAUUUGGUUCACUGGGUGUUUGGGAUUCUACUUCUUCUCCUUGAAUUCUGUUAAUUUAGGAGGCAAUGAAUAUUUAAACCUCUUCCUCAUGGGUGCAGUGGAAAUUCCUGCCUACAUCUUCAUAGGCUGGGGGAUGGACAGGAUAGGGAGAAGAAACGUUCUGGUCUGCUCUCUGAUCUCCGGAGCACUGUUCUGUGGUAUGAUUAUGGUGAUCCCCAAGGGUUACUUUGUUUAUACUGUGGUGGUGACUAUGGCUGGAAAAUUUGCCAUAGGGGCCUCGUUUGGUCUUAUUUAUCUUUAUACAGCAGAGCUGUACCCGACCGUGGUAAGGUCUCUGGCAGUGGGAAGCGGCAGCAUGGUGAGCCGUUUGGGAAGCAUUGUGGCCCCGUUCUGGGUUUAUCUCUCCAACGCUUGGACCUUCCUCCCGCAGCUGGUUGUUGGGAUUUUGGCGUUCGUCAGUGGCAUGCUGUCGCUAAUGCUUCCAGAAACCAUGGGGAGGCCUCUGGCGACGACUUGGGAGGAGGCUGCCGAACAGGAGAGAGAAAAAGAGAGUUCAGGCAAAUUAUUUCCCGCAGCCAGUAAUACUGUGUUGGAAAAAGUAGAAGUCAUUGACUCAGGGGCUUCUGGUCUUGGUGAAUAAAUGUGCCUUGUGCUGUCUGGUACCUGAACUCUUGUUUACUUUAAUGACUUUGUAUUAGGAGGAGUAUUAUUCUCAUCUCCCCAAUGUCAUUUGUAUGUCUUUUAAAAAUUUUUUUGUAAGAAAAUCUUAAAACAAUUGUUUUGUAAAAGUAAAAGAAAUAAAACCAAGAUGAGAAUUCUCA